GGGAAAUAUUGAGAGAGGAAGGACAGCUUCUUCAACACAAAUGGCAUCUACGUGGUUUUGGGGUCCAGUCUGGGUCCAAGAAGAGUGUGAAAAAAUGCCAGUCAACCUACGUCGAAAAAAUUUCUUCUCUGUAGAUAUAGCUGUAAAUAUUGAAUUAAAAAUAAGUAUUUUAAGACAUUAUUUAAACGUGGGCAGCUGUUAUUUUACAAAUAUGCUUAGCCGGUUCCAAGUUUAAGGUUUCAUGAACAUAAUAUAUAAAUAUUUCGAUCGACCUAAGAAACAGUUCACUUUCGGCAGUGAAAAUGUCAACGCAUCGUCAUUUUGAGAUCGUCCUGCUACUUUGUAGUAUGAGUUUGAGUUAUAACUACAGACUGAUAGAAAACCGAAAUGCACUUCAGACAUGUCCAGCACGAAAUAGGGAUAUAUUAUUCGAGGGACCACAUCAGAAUGAUCACCAGAGGAACUUUUAUAACGUUCACGACUUAAGUAGAAGAGAACAACCCAACUCCAAUAUAAAAGAAAUAAAAUCUGAGAACUGGCUUUUGAGGAUUAUUAAUAUAAAAUCCAUAAACCAAAAUCCAAGUCAUGAAGUCCAAGGUACCGAAAAAAAUAAACCAGUGGAUGGAUUUGCAAAGCGAUUUUUUAAUAUCCUAAGGAUGAGCCCGAAGAAAAAGGAGUCUUUAGACCUCCAUAAAAACGAACCCAAAAUCCUUUUCGUAUUAAAGAAAAAUCCCUACCCGAAAGAGCAUAAUAUUGUAAAAAGAGAGCCUGAACAUCAUAUUUUCAUGUGAUUAAGAGAGAAAAGUUUAAGCUUAAUUAAUUAGUUAUCAAAAUUUUUCAUUUAACUUUUAGAACAUAAGUUUCCGACAGGCCUAUCACAAAAAUCUCACAUAGUUAUUAAGAUCUAUUACCCCUAAUUAGGAAAACUUUGUAAGAACACAUGUUCCCAGAAAGAUGGCAAUAAAUUAAAUCAUGUUCCCUAGCAUCGUUUGGGGUUUAAAACUUCGAGACACAUUGAAGAGAUUUUCAGCCAUAAAUAAUUUUCUCAUAUGAAAAACCUUCUUUAUACCACUUGAUUGCGGUUUGAAAGAACCACCAUUCCAUAUCCACACUCCCACCAUAAAAAAUGAUAUUAUAUGCAUGACCCCAAAUUAAUCUAGCGAAACCUUUUCCAUUUUCCAACAAGCUUCAACCCCUGUUCAAAAGGACAUCAAAGCCAGUGAAGUAUGGCA